UUGUGCGGAGGCUGCGAGUCCGGUUAUGGCUUCCAGUGGGGCGGCGGUAAGCGCAGCCGGCCCAGCAAAUGAAGCCCCUGAGAUUCCAGACAACGUGGGAGUCUGGCUCCGGGGCGUCUGCCGCAGUGCCACGGAUAGGAAUGACUUGAUCCUCAGUUUGGGACUAUUUGCUUCAGGAGUUUGGCUGGCCAGGAAUUUGAGUGACAUUGAUCUAAUGAUACCUCGGCCGGGAGUGUAACCAAAUAGACAAUCGGAAUUCCUGUGCUCUACCCAAACUUUCCAAAACAAGAGUAUAGUUUAUGGCCACCACAAGAUAAUGCUUGAUGGCAGCUGAAGUUUCUCCUUCCUUUUCUAACACUGAAGUGUUUGUUGCCUUGGUUCUGUGAAA